GGAGUGCGCGGGGGCGCCAGGCGCGCGUGCGCGAGCGGCGGGGCUUUCUCCAGAGCCGUCGGAGGAAGCGGGAACGCCGCUGCUCAGUUGGUGAUUUGCUGGCUGUGGUCUUACAUGCAAAAGCGACUGAUGAAAACUGCAAAGCUGAUGGGUCAUGUGGAUGUUAAGUGUGUUUGAAGACUCCCACAUUCUUUCCUCCAGGACAGAACCAUGAAUAAACUGGAGGACAAGCAGGACCAGAUGAUACCAUGAAGAGAAGUUUACAGGUCCUCUAUUGCCAACUGUUAAGCUUCCUCCUGACCUUGGCCUUGACCGAAGCCCUGACACCCGCCACCCAGGAGCCAUCUCCCAGGGAACCUCUUCAGGUCCUCCCCUCAGACAGCGCCCCAGGCACCAUGGAGACAGCGCCCACCACCUCUAACAGACACUCUGUGCCAGCUGCCCACCGCUCCGUGCUGACCCCCCAUCUCGACGGACCCUCCUCACAGGCCUCAGCUCCUGCAGCCGCGACCUCACCCCCAGCCCACGGGAACCCCCCUGUAAGCACGGCCACCGCCCCCCGCUCUGACGGGCGCGCGGAGCCCCUUCCUGCAGUCCCAGCUCCGCCCUCCCGCUCCGAGCCCCGAGCCCCGGGCGACACGGUCCCCACCGUUUUGCCCACGAAGCCGACAGAAACCGCCAGUCGCCACGCCACGGCGCCCACUGCGCGGGCAGCCACGCGCAGACCCCCCCGGCCCCCCGGCUCGUCGCGAAGGGGGGCCGGCAGCUCCUCGCGCCCUGGCUUCCCCACGUCCGGGGGCCACUCCGGGAGGAAGGAAGGCCAGCGGGCCCGGAACCAGAGCUCCACGCAUCUGGGCCAGAAGCGGCCCCUGGGGAAGAUCUUCCAGAUCUACAAGAGCAACUUCACGGGGGCUUCAGAGCCGGACCCCUCCACGCUCGCCCCGGGGAACCCGCUCUCGGGUUCCUCCUUCUCACCACCGUCCCAGACUGUGGCCACCGCCCCGGUGCCCAGCAGGACCUUGUGGGCACUCACCACCACCCCUCCAAUGGCUGCAGGGGAUGAGCCAGGACUUAGCGGAGCAGACCAGGGGGGUGGCUCCACCUUCACCAGCCAUGGAGGGAAACCGGAUGUCCCCGAAGCCUCAGGUGCCCCUGCCAGCCCACUCCCUACCCCAGUGCCUUCUCAGCGCCCCCGCGGCGGCCCGCAGGUCAGCCCUGACCACUCUGACUCCUGGCUCACCGUCACUCCUGGCACCAACAAACCUCCCUCUCCCGGCCCUGGGGCCGCCGAGGCUGCCUUCGAUGUCAGUGUCUCAGCCCCUUCCGAGGGCACUCCUCAGGGAACAUCCGCAGCCCCGUGGGCCCCAGCCCACCCCCCCAUCCCCCCAGCCGAGGAGGAGGAGGGGGCUGCGGGCACCCCCGCCAUGACCGCCGAGGUGCCCCAGCCUCUCUCCACCGUGGUGUCCACGGCCACGGGAAACUUCCUCAACCGCCUGGUCCCUGCCGGGACCUGGAAACCUGGCACAGCGGCGAACGCCUCCCAUGUGGCCGAAGAGGACAAGCCCCAGCACAGAGCCACCAUCUGCCUGAGCAAGAUGGACAUCGUCUGGGUGAUUCUGGCCAUCAGCGUGCCCAUCUCCUCCUGCUCCGUCCUGCUGACCGUGUGCUGCCUGCGGAGGAAGAAGAAGACCGCCAACCCGGAGAACAACCUGAGCUACUGGAACAACGCCAUCACCAUGGACUACUUCAACAGGCAUGCAGUGGAGCUGCCACGGGAGAUCCAGUCCCUGGAGACGUCGGAGGACCAGCUGUCGGAGCCCCGCUCUCCAGCCAACGGUGACUACAGGGACACCGGGAUGGUCCUUGUCAACCCCUUCUGCCAGGAAACGCUGUUUGUGGGAAAUGAUCAGGUAUCCCAGAUCUAGCCACGGCAGCCAUUGCUUUGCUGGCCCCAAUUUUUCAUCUCUAAAUUAUAAAUAUACAAAUAUCUAUUAUAAAUACAAUAUUUGUGUAACCCUGAGAAACGUUUUCCACUUUUUUCCGCCCCCCUAAGAAUUGUCAACUUCUUUUUUUUUAUAAGUGUGGUUCAAAACAAAUCUGACAGGAUGAUUCGUGGCUUUCUAAAAUAAAGGUCUUUCUAAGCAAAGCAGGUGCACUGAGUGCUUCUCUUAGCGGUGGUGACCGGCGUGGCAGCAGCCCCAGCAGAGGAGGGGACGACACGCGUCCAGGCGGAUGUCAAGUGGGCCGGACUGUCCUUUGCGCUUCUGAAAGCUCAGGUUCCUCUUCACUCCCUGUGACCCCAUUUCCUCCACUUGCACAUGCCGCUGAGAGGGCUGGGCCACCACCGAGGGGAAGCCAGUGGACUGACGCCGUGGGGGGGAGGGAACAUCUCCCCCCUCCCCGAAGGAUGAGAACCUUGGAAUCUGCCCGUGCCCAGCGGCUGUUGAAUCGUGAGCACCGGCAGAAGGCAUGCAGCGUCGAGAACCCUCGGAGGGCAUCAGGCAUCCUAAGGCCGAGUCCCCGGGCCCCACCCCGCCGGGGGCCUGCACUGUGCUAACAACAGGACUGCAUUCCCCGGGCGAAUCCAAGGCUGCCCCUCGCACGUCCCCGCGUCCUCUCCAGCUCCCACAUUGCAUUAAACUCUGUGCCUUUCUCUGGAGGGGGGGAGCUGCCCCGUCACCGCCCUGGAGCUAGAGCGUGGAGCCCUUCGAGGGCUGGUGCCUGUUAGGGCUCGAAUCUGUUUCUCAAAAGACCGUCGCUUUGUGCUCCAAAGGGAUGGAUUCAAGAAGCCUUGACCAUAGAGCUGUACUUUCCAGAACCUUCCUCCUGCUAGCUAAAGGAAACAGGAUGGCCAAAGCAGCAUCCCCCGGGAGAAAUCAAGACUACCCGUCUCCCUCGGAGCUGCAGGCCUGCCUGGGGGGUCAGCAGGGGCCCAUGCCGCUCAGCCUUCACGCUCCAUCUACCCUACAUUGCCCCCCUCGCACUGUCACCCCUCCCUGCCACAAACCCUCCCUCCCACCCCCACCCCCACCCCCACCCCCCAGCCCACAGGGUGAGGCCCUCAGACCUGAGGAGGGCUUCUGGAAAUGGCUGCUUGUUUCUUCUUUCUGACAGAGAGUGGCUGGGGAUUGGCAGGAGUUGGGGAGGGGUGGGGGGUGGAGGGAAUGGGGAUGGAAUGGAGGGAGGGGGAGAGAAGAACUGCUUUGACGCUUCCCUUCUCCAAAAAGAAAAAAUAGUUUGAUAGUAUAUUUUGAAUAUAGAUGUUCUUAUAGUCAAAUUGGGAGUUGAGUGUUGAUUCGUAUGCUCAUGUUGUCGCUGUGUUUUUUGGUUAAUCAUGUUUCUCCUUCCUUCCUGUACUCUCUUGAUGUCUUUAAAGAUGGCCUUUAAAACUCUGUGUUCUCCGUCUUGGAUGAACUCAUGUCACACGCAGUCAGUGGUUAUCUCUUCUCUAAGGCUCUCCAGCCCACAAAGAAGCUGAUUAAAUGUUUCUCUGAGAUUUUGUUUUUUCGGUGUCUGAUCUUCUAACCUUAUAUUUGUUAGCUAUUGUAUUUAAUAUAUCAAUGUAUGUAUAUAUAGAAAGAAAUGUUUGUAGAGUAAAUUUAUAUAUAUAAUAUAUGUAAUCAAGUACAUAUGUUAUAUAUACAUAUGUGGAUGUAUUACUUAUUUUUCCUUACCCACAGAAUUCAGCUACUGUGUAUAUAUAAAUAAACUUAUUUUAUUAGCCAGAGGA